CGUAGCAGGAAAACCCCGAAGACCAGUGUGUGUGUUUGAUUUCGUUUAUUUGUUAAUUGUGUGACUGCAUUGUCUUUUAUUAUUAGAAUAUUACUCUUAUACCAACCAAUAUGUCUUCAGUGUGUUGUGGAACCAAAAAACAGAAAUUAAACAACUCGUACAGUAAUAAUGUUGAAAGACCUAUAAAUGGUUACCAUGAGACUGUAGCAAUUCCUGAUAUGUGUUACUUUUGUUUCGAUGUUUUGUAUUGUCAGCUGCAUAGUAUGGACCCACCACAAACUCCAAACUUUACUAAUGAGGCCUAUCCUUUGUUCGUAACAUGGAAAAUUGGCAAGGAGCACCGUCUUCGGGGUUGCAUUGGGACGUUUAAUGCAAUGCAUUUACAUUCGGGUCUUCGGGAGUACGCCAUAACUAGUGCGUUAAAGGACUCGCGCUUCUCACCCAUCACGCGGGAGGAGGUGCCGCGGUUGUCGGUGUCAGUGUCCAUCCUGCAGCACUUCGAGGAGGCCGAGCACUACCUGGACUGGAAGCUAGGCAAGCACGGCAUCCGCAUCGAGUUUGUGAGCGAGCGCGGCACAAAGCGCACAGCCACAUACCUACCUCAAGUUGCCACAGAGCAAGGUUGGGACCAAAUACAAACGAUCGACUCGCUCCUAAGAAAGGGGGGUUACAAGGCGGCGAUCACUGCCGACCUGCGGCGCAGCAUCAAGCUGACGAGAUACCAGUCGGAGGAAGUGUCCGCCUCUUACGGUGAUUACGUCAGCCAGCGCUGCUAGCACCCCGCCACCGGGGGGCGCUCCUACCCCUCGCCCCGCACAGACGAGCAAUCGUUUACAACUGCGAGUGCAAAUUACAAAUAUUGUGUUAAUAAUUUAGUAUCUAAGUGUACUACAUGUGUCGAUCAGACGGGCCGAUGUGAACACAGCGCGGUCAAAAGUACAAGAAGUCAGAAUUAUGCUCAAAGUGGUUCCGGCAUCGACGGGAGCGGCUUGUGUUUUGUCAAUAUCAUGUAAUAUUAAGCUAAUAUCACUGCCAACGACAUUCCUUUAAGGAAGAUUCGAGGUGCCAUCGAACUGAUUCACUGCAGUCUCCAGGGGUAUGUUAUUGUUUCUCUUAAACAGACGUCUGCCUUUGUCCACGCGAUUAUCGACUUUAAGUAUUCGCAAUAAAGCAUCAAUAUUUCUCAGUGCAUUUGCAGUUUUGUUAUAUUUGUGUACGUCAGUGGCGAAUUUGUUUUGAUUAUAUGUUCACCCGUGUGAAUCAUUAUACUUAAAAUAAGAAAUUAUGUUUCGAAGAACACAAUAAAUCAAAUGCUUCUGUUAUUUUAAUUGUGAAUUGUAUGGUUCCAAAGGCAGUUGUUCCGUUUCUGUUGAAAUGAAAUUUGAGGUAUUUCUCCAUCCAUUUACUCAAUUGAACAGAGUUUAUUAAUAAUAGUAAAUUUAUUUCUAUUUAAAUUCCUGGUUGUAGAGUAAAGAGAUGUCUUUUAUGCCAGAGAAUUUUUUUUAGGUUCUGUUAAAUAUAAUAUAUUUGAAGACA